UCCAUCACUGACUACAGUCCAAUCUAAAACCUCUCCUUCCUUCUCCUCCUUAUUCUCCACACCACAACGUUUGUUUCUUCACUAAUGGCCUCUGCAACAACAACAACACUCUCUCACCAUCAUCACCUUCCUCUCCUCCUUCAUUCUCCUCUUUCCAUCAAAUUUACCAAACCGCCCCUCUCUCUUUCCCUCUCGCGACGCCCCCUUCUAACGAACCCUCUCCACGCGCGCUUCCUCCUCCCUCCGCCACGCGCCUACGCCGCCGCGCCCGCGUCCGACCCGAAUUUCGCCGACCCCGAUCCGAAACUCGCCGGGUCGGACCCGGAGAACGCGAGGCCACGGAAUGUCAUCACGUGGAGCCUCCUCUGCACGCUCCUCAUGAAGCACAAGCUGCGCCUCGCCCUCGCGGUCGCAACGCUCUUCGCCUGCUCCACCUGUACCCUAUCCAUGCCCAUCUUUUCCGGACGGUUUUUUGAAGUUCUAAUUGGCACUAGACCUGAGCCGUUAUGGAAGCUGCUUAGUAAAAUUGGAGUUCUGUAUGCCCUGGAGCCACUUUUGACUAUUAUUUUUGUUAUAAACAUGAACAUAGUGUGGGAGAAAAUUAUGUCAACACUAAGAGCUCAGAUCUUUGGAAGAAUAUUGAUUCAAAAGAUUGAAUUUUUUGACAAAUACAAGGUUGGUGAACUCACAGGUUUGCUAACAUCUGAUUUGGGUUCUCUUAAAAAUAUAGUCAGUGAGAAUGUCUCAAGGGAUCGCGGAUUCAGAGCAUUAUCUGAGGUCAUUGGAACAAUAUUCAUACUUUUUUCUUUAUCCCCACAACUGGCACCCAUUCUGGGUGUUCUGAUGCUCGCAGUUUCCAUUUCAAUUGCUGUCUACAAGAGAUCUACUUUGCCGGUUUUUAAAGCACAUGGGAUGGUCCAAGCAUCUAUAUCUGAUUGUGUAACAGAAACAUUUUCUGCUAUUCGAACAGUAAGAUCAUUUGGGGGUGAAAAGCGCCAGAUGUUCACAUUUGCUAACCAGGUUCUAUCUUUCCAAUCAAGUGGGAUAAAGCUUGGAACUUUCAAAUCUGUAAAUGAGUCCUUGACUAGAGUUGCUGUUUAUAUUUCUUUAAUAGCAUUGUAUUGUCUUGGAGGAAGCAAGGUUAAGGCGGGUGAGCUCUCUGUUGGAACCAUGGCAUCUUUUAUUGGAUAUACUUUCACUUUAACAUUCGCUGUUCAAGGAUUGGUUAACACUUUUGGAGAUCUUCGUGGAACUUUUGCUGCUGUUGAGAGGAUCAACUCUGUUUUAUCUGGAGCUCAAGUUGAUGAUGCCCUUGCCUAUGGCUUAGAAAGAGAACUGAGACAAAAAACACUGGAUGAUGAAAACUAUAAAUUGAUCUUAUCAAAUAUUUCUACUGAGAAUAACCAAAAACAUUAUUUGCAUUACAUGUCAGCUCUCAAAACAUCAAGCAAUUUGUUUAGCUUAGCAUGGUCUGGAGAUAUUUGUCUUGAAGAUGUAUAUUUCUCCUAUCCUUUAAGGCCAGAUGUGGAAAUCUUGCGUGGCUUAAAUUUAAGACUAAAAUUUGGAACUGUAACUGCACUGGUCGGUCCUAGUGGUGCAGGCAAAAGUACUGUAGUACAGCUAUUAUCUCGUUUUUAUGAGCCAACAAGUGGCUGUAUAACAGUUGCAGGAGAGGAUGUCCGAACAUUUGAUAAGAGUGAAUGGGCUCGGGUUGUAUCGAUUGUAAAUCAAGAGCCUGUUCUGUUUUCGGUUUCUGUUGGGGAAAAUAUUGCAUAUGGGCUUCCUGAUGAAGAUGUUUCUAAAGAAGAUGUGAUUAAGGCAGCGAAAGCUGCAAAUGCUCAUGACUUUAUAAUUUCACUUCCACAGGGCUAUGAUACACUUGUUGGUGAGCGUGGAGGCCUACUGAGUGGAGGACAAAGACAGAGAAUUGCUAUUGCCCGGGCUCUCCUAAAGAAUGCUCCUAUCCUUAUACUUGAUGAGGCUACCAGUGCCCUUGAUGCUGUCAGUGAGCGAUUGGUCCAGGAUGCUCUCAACCAUCUGAUGAAGGGAAGGACAACAUUAGUAAUAGCACAUCGAUUAAGCACAGUCCAAAAUGCAUAUCAAAUUGCACUCUGUUCUGAGGGGCGGAUUGCAGAACUAGGCACCCAUUUUGAGUUAUUGGCUAAGAAAGGCCAAUAUGCUUCACUGGUUGGCACACAAAGGCUUGCAUUUGAAUAAAUUAAUAUUAUGAAAGUGUGAUUAUUUCUUGUUAUGCCAAGCAAUGCAUGAUACAUAGAGCUGUAUAAUUUGCUGGCAGCCUGGCACAAAAAGAAAUGUUAUAGCAAUGGAUGAUUGGCUGUAGCCACUCACACAUGGUAUUUUGGUAUACAAGGGCUCAUCUUAUUGCAUCAAAUGGAUUUCAAAUUACACCUUCCACUUUAAA